AUCUAGUAACAGCUACCGAGUGUGAUGUUUGCAUUGAAGAACUAUGUCACCAAAAACAAAGAUGUAUAGCUCAUAAGUCUGAUAGCUACAUACGAAUAAGCAAUAUAUCUAAAUCAAACAAGAUGUUCUGCUCUUGUGUUUCUUGACACGCCACCAGCUACUUGCAUCCAAUGGUGUGGCAUAUAAAUGCGCCACCUGAGAGGCUUAGAGUUAUUAAGUGUUGAACCAUUUAGACAAUAUCAACUAUGAAGUACUUUGUGAUCUGUGCUCUGGCUGCCAUCCUUCUCUUCCAGUCCGCAUCGGCAUUCAAGCGGCGAGUGAUCUUUGUGGUACCAGCCCCCACAACAUCCACAACGGAAGCCACGUCCUCCUCGUCCACAACGGAAUCGUCAUCCUCCACGUCCAGCACGACCACCACAACUGUAGCUCCUACCGUGGUUUACCAGAUGGUCUACUGUUCCUGGAAGAACAACUGGUGCCGUCCUGCCUCGAACACCGUGAGGAAUUGCAAGUGGGGCAUUUGCAAGUUCAAUGGAUAAAAUUCAAUAAAAAACGUUUAGCGCUUGCU